AUGACUUCCCUCGUCGUGCCGGGUCAGAUCCUCGGAAACACAUCCUCCUACCUUCCAGGUCCAGGCACGCAUGUUUUCGAGAAAAAUAUCCACGCUUCGAUAGUGGGCAAAUCCAUAGUCACACCUGCGGCAGGCAAGGAGGGCAAACCGACUAUUUCAGUCCCACAUCAAACCACCAUUCCGGUCGGAGGCAAGGCCGCUAAGCCUCUCCCCAAAGUUGGCUCCAUCGUCCUCUGUCGAGUAACUCGAGUACAACAACGGCAGGUGGCGGCGUCAAUCUUGGUCGUCGAUCCUUCACCUCAAGACGUCAUUUCAUACACUCAAGUCACAAACGAUGACUUGCAAUUCCAAGCCGUCCUGCGGAGAGAAGACAUCCGAACUCACGAGAAGGAUAAGAUCGUCAUCAAUGAUAUGUUCCGAGUGAGAGACAUAAUCCGGGCCACAGUGAUCAGUCUGGGGGAUGAGAGAAAUUAUUACAUCAGCACAGCCGGCAAUGAGUUGGGCGUGGUGGUCGCAACAAGUGAUGCCGGAAAUGCUAUGGUCCCGGCGAGCUGGAAAGAGAUGAAAGAUGUUGUCACUGGAAAAGGCGAGAGCAGAAAAGUUGCGAAGCCUUCUUGA